AAAAGACGGCCGUUUGGAGCAAGAAAAAAAAUAGGACCCCCACUAAGAAAAGUAUCGAAAAAUUAGCUGUCGAACAGCUCUGAAACAGUCUGUUUCUCUUUAGCUCUCAUAGAACAUCUCCUCCAUUUUCUCUCUUCCUUUUUAUAAAAACCUCUGCUUCUCCUCUCUCUUCUCUCCCAAAUUCCCAUCCUUUUCUCUCUCUCUUUUUAAUUUCUCUGAUCAUCGAGAAAUUCGAAUCAGUUAUGGCUCAAGAAGAGAUACAGAAACCUGCUGCUUCAACCACCACUUCCCCUGUUCCUUCUAAGGAGGAAACUACGGCGCCCGUUAAGGAGGUUUCUGCACCGGUUUCUGCUGAGAAAUCGGUGACAGCGCCUGCUCCGGAAGCCACGGAGGAGAAGGUUGUGGCUGAGAAAGAUGGGCCGGUUCCGGUGCCGGAACCGGAGGUGACGACGGAGAAGGUGGAAGAGAUCGCGACGGGGAAGGAGAUCUUGCAAACGGAAUCGUUUAAGGAGGAAGGCUAUUUGGCUUCAGAAUUGCCUGAAGCUGAGAAGAAUGCUUUGGCGGAGUUUAAGGAGAUGGUGAGGGAGGCUCUGAACAAGCGUGAAUUCACCGCGCCACCGCCUUCUCCGGCUAAGGAAGAGAAAGUUGAGGAGAAGGAAACAGAGGAAAAGAAGGAAGAGAAAACAGAGGAAGUAAAAACAGAGGAAAAAUUUGCUGUUGCUGAAACCAAACCGGAGGAGAAAUCUGCUGCUCCAGCCGUCUUAGAGACCAAGAAGGAGGAGAAAUCCGCCGCUCCUGCUCCGGUAGAGACAAAACCGGCUGCUUCUUCCGCCGAAGAAACCAAGAGGGAAGAGAAAUCGGUCGCUCCAACUCCGGUAGAGACAAAACCGGCUGCUCCGGUUGUCACAGAGGCAAAGAAGGAAGAGAAUCCCGCCGCUCCUACUCCGGUAGAGACCAAAUCAGCUGCCCCGGUCACCACAGAGACCAAGAAGGAAGAGAAACCGGCUCCGGUAGAGACUAAACCGGCAGCUCAAGAGACCAAGAAGGAAGAAGAGAAAGCAACCACCUCUGCUCCCGUAGAGACCAAACCGGCUGCUCCGGUCACCACCGAGACGAAGAAGGAAGAAGAGAAAGAAGCCGUAGUAACAAUCGAGAAGGCUUUCGCAGCCGAUCAAGAAGACGGAACCAAAACCGUCGAAGCAAUCGAAGAAUCGAUCGUCUCCAUCACUCUCCCAGAGACAGCUGCGUCCAUCGAGCCAGAAGAAGUCUCAGUCUGGGGAAUUCCACUUCUCGAAGACGAAAGAUCCGACGUUAUCCUCCUCAAGUUCCUCCGCGCACGCGAUUUCAAGGUCAAAGAAGCCUUCACGAUGCUGAAGAACACCGUCCAAUGGCGUAAAGACAACAACAUCGACGAACUCGUCGGAGAAGACCUCGAAGGAAGCGAGUUUGAGAAGAUGGUGUUCACUCACGGAGUUGACAAACAAGGCCACGUGGUGAUCUACAGCUCGUACGGUGAGUUUCAGAACAAGGAGAUAUUCUCAGACAAAGAGAAGCUCAACAAGUUCCUCAAAUGGAGGAUUCAGUUUCAAGAAAAGUGUGUGAGGUCUCUCGACUUUAGCCCCGAGGCUAAAUCGUCGUUCGUGUUUGUUAGCGACUUCAGGAACGCUCCUGGACUCGGUAAGAGAACAUUGUGGCAGUUUAUCAGACGUGCUGUUAAGCAGUUCGAAGACAAUUAUCCAGAAUUCGUCUCCAAAGAGCUGUUCAUUAAUGUUCCAUGGUGGUACAUUCCUUACUACAAAACAUUCGGGAGUAUCAUUACAUCGCCAAGGACAAGGAGCAAAAUGGUCCUUGCUGGUCCAUCCAAAUCCGCUGAAACCAUUUUCAAAUAUGUAGCUCCUGAAGUAGUCCCGGUUAAAUACGGUGGACUAAGCAAAGAAAGUCCGUUCACCGUUGAAGAUGGAGUCACCGAAGCCGUCGUUAAAUCUUCAUCGAAGCAUACCAUUGAAUUGCCUGCUUCCGAGGGUUGCACGCUCUCAUGGGAGCUUAGGGUUUUGGGCGCGGACGUGAGCUAUGGAGCUCAGUUUGAGCCAACCAACGAGGCAAGCUACACCGUGAUAGUCUCUAAGAACCGGAAAAUCGGUUUAACUGAUGAACCUGUGAUAACCGAUUCUUUCAAGGCGGGUGAACCGGGAAAGGUUGUGAUUACAAUUGAUAACCAAACCUUUAAGAAGAAGAAGGUGAUCUACAGGUCUAAAACCCAAGCAUAAGACUAUGUGCCCGAUCUUUGAAUGAAGACAAAAGGAAAAAUGGCUAUUUUGUUAUUUGGAGAGGGGGAGAGUUUUAUUAAUUUAAUUUAGCAUUUUUUAUUUGAUUUAUGUAUUUUUCUAAUAAACCUUUAAAAAGGGGUUUGUGUUUUGUACGAUGGUUUUGAUUUGUUUUGGUGAUGGGAUUUUUUUUGUUGAUGAUUCUUAUAUAUACAACUGUUUUGUGUGCCGAGAUGUGAUUACCACUCAAAAAAUAGUUGUGUUACUCUGAACUUAUAUUUGUUUUCUUCGAACUCAAAAAAUCAAUUCGAAUCAGAUAAUUAUGUUAUGUAAA